AUGCCAUAGGAUUUUAAUAAAUAAUACAAGGUAUAUAAAGUGAUAUUUAUCAAUAGUUUUAUUUGGAAAUACACUGAAGACAAGGAGGUAAUUUAUGAGGAUAAAUAUAUUUUCCCUUCUUUAUUACAGAUGGAAAAACAACUGAUCUUUUGACCAACUCAUGCAAAGAACUCCUAAGUAAAGCCAGUUCUGUAUUGUCAAAUGUAGCAGAAACUGUUUGCAAAGGAACCAUUAGUGUUGGAAAUCUAAAAACUGUUUUGUCAGAGAAGAAAAAUAUUCUAAUACUCAUAGCAGCAGCUGAAGCAAACUUUUGUCAUCCAUUAGCAAAGAAAACCGAUGAAAAGCACUUGGACAGAGUGCUCGAAGCAAGAGCAAAGGAGCUGAACGCUUUUGAUGUAUAUUUGCAACAGGCACAGGAUCUAAUGAAACUGUGUGCACAUCUGUCAUCAGUGAAUACCGCAGAUAUAUCAAGGAAUAUACACAGAAUUGGUUCCAACAUGGAUAAAAAAAUACUUAAUGAACUCUGUAAACCUGUUGAGUUCAAAAGUCAAGACAAAUUUGACAUUACAGCCUAUGAACCUCUUGUCAAUAUAUUUGAAAUUCCCGAUCAGCUUCUUUUAAUUAUACCUCAACUUCAAAUGCUGCAGCAUAGUGGAUUGUUCAUGAAAAUCUGGCAGCGGGUAGGAGCAAAACACAUGCCUGACAGUAUCAACUCCAAACAUUUGGACUCCAUUCUUGCAGUGUGGAACAAUGCUAAACAACAAUGGGAUAAUCUAAGCAUGGAUAUCAGAAAUGGCACAAUCACAUUUCAGAACAUAAAACAAUAUAUGUAUGACUUUGGCGAGGAUUAUGAAACAAUCAAAUCUGAGUUUACUUUAAUGAAUGAUGACAAUACCUGUCAGUGGGUGGAAGAAAGAAUUCAGCAAUUAAAAACAUUCUCAGUGUUGGAUAAGUGUCAAAGAGCAGCUAGUGAAAUUAUGAAAAUCCAGAAGGAGUUCGGUUUCAAUGGAGAUUUCAGACCUGUCCAGGAAAUACAGAAUCUGACAAAAUCUAAAAAUGUAGCCAUGAAAAAGAUGGAUCAAUCUGUUCUCAAAACCUGCAGGAAGUUGAAAGAUGUCACUGAGAAACAAAUUGAAUGCUUGGUGGCUUUCAGAGAAAGCAAGCCCCUUGUCGACUGGCUAAGACAAUCCAUGACAGCUGGCUUGAAAGAGUUGAAGGUAUUUGUGGAUCUGGCUUACAUUUCUGCUGGAGAGGGGGACAUUGAGAUUCAUAAAGUGAACUGUCUACAUGCUGCCACCACAGGAUAUGCUCCACUAGUGUUUGACUGUAACCAGCAGUGUGAUUAUGCUAAAUUUUUGGAAAGUUGCAAAUCGGUUUGGAGAGAAUUAAUGACAAACCAAAAACUACCAGACAUGUUGCGGGGCACAUGUCGCUUUUUGGAAUGGUUGAAGGAAAUUAGACAGUCCCAUGGUUCUGUGGAGGUGACAUCGUUGUCUCAGGCAGGAAUGAUCAACUCCAAGGGUCUAUAUCGCAUUGGAAACUUAACCAGAAAAACAGCACCUCCACAGCUGGAUUUGAACCAUGUCAUCAGUCUGCAUGUUAUGCCAGAUAAUUGUUUGGAAGAUGAUAUCAAAGAUAAUGUCAGGAAAUACUCCUAUAAUCAGUUGGUGGAUCUUCAAAGUCGGCUCAUGUUGGUGGCAGGGAGAGCUGAAAAGGGGAAGAAAAAUGUUGACCUAUUCAUGAUGAUUUUAGAUGGCAUAGUGCGGCUUUCCAAGACCUACAUCAAACUCAUCUCAGAUGGUUGUGUUCUCUUCAACUGCUGGAAGGCAAGUUUCCUUUGUGAUGAUGAACGUGAUGCAUGUGCCAUUUUAGAUUUUGGAGAAAACUCUGAAUCGCUGAAAGGACACCGACGGAAACAUCCACUUGAAGACUUCAUAAAUGCUUUGGCAAAUGUUUUUGAGAAUUGUCACAUGGAAUGGUUGAAAUAUUUAAGUGACAAACGUGACCAGUAUUUAGAGCUGAAUUUCUUCACAAUCAGCCAACUGGUUUUUCUACAGAAAGAGCUGAUCAAGAUUGGAACCAAUGUGGAGCCAUCAGACUUGGUAUUUCCACUGCUGUCACUGAUCAAGCCAGAAUGUUCCAUGUCAGACAUACAGCAUGCCAUGCAAAGUGCUAAAGAUGAAAUAUUCCAGAUAGAGCAAAAGGAAGAGUUGGAAGAUGCACCAUUGGAAAGACAAGAUACAGAGCAAUACUUUAUACAGGAAUUGAUGAAAGCUGGAAACACUGAAACAUUAGCACAAGCUGCCUUUAAUCAUGUUGCAGAUGCUGAUAUAGAUGCAGCAAUUGUUUGGUGUUUGGAGCAUGAGGAUGAUGUGGAAUUCCAGUCUUCAGCAGUUGACCCAGUUGAGUUGACCUCAGAGCCUUCUGAAGAGCAGUUUUCUGGGUGGAACUCGGAAGAAAUUUCAUUUGCAUCAAGAGCUGCUUCAUUAGUGCAGAAUCUUCCAGAACAAUUGAAAAAAGAUACCUCAGUGACUGCACUCACCAAGAAUAUUGAGCACAUCUGGAAAAUAUUUCUGGGCUCCGUUUCCUCCAGUGUUGCUGACUACCUGAGUGUUGAACAUCUAGGAAUUAUACUGUGCAAGCUGGCUUCGUCAUAUGAGCAGUCUCUUAAUCGGAAACUUCCUGUUCAGCUGAAAGCAAAGAUCCCAAACUUGAUGGUCUGUCAAAAAAGUGAUAUGCUGAAUGCAGUGCUUCAUAUGUACGUGGAAGAUCAUGAUCAACCAUUGCCCCAACCUGAUGAGGUUUUGCUGUGCACACCAGAAACUACUUUUGAUGAGGUUGAUAUUUUCCUACGGCGAGCAUUUUUCAGCCCUUUGGGAAAAAUUCAUUGUUUGGCAUAUGCUGAUCUCUUGAGAUAUGAAAUUGAAGAAAAGAUAGAAAAAAAGUUCAUUGACUACAUUAUAAAAGCAAAUGCUAAAGAUUGUGACUACAAACUUGUAGUUCUGUGUUCAUCAGAAAAUGAGUUCCGAGCUCGCCUUGUAGCAGCUCUUGAUCGUCAUCGCUGUCAGCCCCCAAUAAUCAGAGUGAAGAACAUCAAAGACUACCUGACAGAGAAGUUCACAGCAGUCCGUGUUGAGAAGAAUGCAAAAUCUGCUUCCCAUAUUGAUUUUUCACAUUCUACAGUGCGUGUUGUGAAAUCCAAGAGAGCUGGCAUUGGAAAGACUCUGUAUAAGAAACGCAGAGUGGCAGAACUCCGAGAACUGAAUCCCAUGUUUAGAGAUAAAGACUUGUCAGUAUCUAUUCCUCUGUAUGAGAAGAACGUGGUCAUGACAAAAGUUGUUGACAAACUCUUGCCUUGCACUCUGAAACCAGGACAAGUAUUUCCAAGGAUUUUUCAUUUGAACAUUUCAUAUGAGGUAAAAACUUUUGUAUGUAUUAUAUUUAUGUUCUAA